GGUGGGCGGGGCCGCCAUGGCGGGCAGCGGCGAGGAGGGGCUGUACUCGCGGCAGCUGUACGUGCUGGGCGGCGGUGCGCGGCGGCUGGCCGGGGCGGCGGUGCUGGUGUCGGGGCUGCGCGGGACGGGAGCGCAGGUGGCGGCGGCGCUGGUGCUGGCGGGGACCGGGCGCGUCGUCCUGCACGACCGAGGCGCCGCCUGCACCGCCGACCGCGCCCACCAGUUCCUCCUGGAGGACAGCGAUGUAGGCCAGAACCGUGCCGAGGCGUCCCAGCGGGCCCUGACCGAGCUGAACCCCCGCGUGGCGGUGGCAGCUCACAUCGGGGAGCUGUCGGAGGACUUCCUCACCUCCUUCCAGGUGGUGGUGCUGACCGAGUCCUCGCUAGAGGAGCAGCUCCGCAUCGGGGACUUCUGCCAUGCCCAGGGUAUCUGCUUCAUCGUGGCUGACGCCAAGGGACUGGCGGGGCAGCUGUUCUGUGACUUUGGGGAGCGCUUCGUCGUUGACGACCCGGCAGAAGGGGACCUGGUGUGUGCUGCCGUGCAGCACAUCUCCCAGGGCAACCCAGGCGUGGUGACAUGCAUGGGGGCAGAGGACAGCCACGGCCACCUCUUCAGCGACGGUGACCUGGUGACGUUUUCUGGCGUGGAGGGGAUGACGGAGCUGAACAGCCGGGAGCCUGUCCCCGUGCGCGUGUUGGAUGCUUUCAGGCUGGAGAUCGGCGACACCAGCUCCUUCUCGCCCUACCGUCGUGGCGGCCUGGUUUCGCAGCUGCGGCUGCCCCAGGUGCACUCCUACGAGCCCCUGCGCCGAGCGCUGGCAGAGCCCAAGAUCCGGGUGGCGAGUCACGAGGAGCUGCCGCGAAGCCACAGCCUGCACGCUGCCUUCCAGGCCCUGCACGCUUUCCGUGGGGAGCAGGGUCGCCUGCCCCGGCCCAGGGCGCUGGCAGAUGCUGAGCGAGUGCUGGAGCUGGCGCGGAGCCUGGGGGCACAGCAGGGUCCCCUGGAUGAGGACAUCGUGCGAGCCUUCGCCAGCGUGAGCGCGGGGAACCUGUGCCCCGUGGCCGCCAUCGUCGGGGCCCUGGCGGCCCAGGAGGUGCUGAAGGCCAUCACCAGGAAAUUCCUGCCCCUGGACCAGUGGUUGUACUUCGACGCCCUGGAGUGCUUGGCGCUGGAGGGGGCCACGCGGCUGACGGAGGAGGACUGCGCCCCGACGGGCUCUCGCUACGAUGGGCAGAUUGCUGUCUUCGGGGCCACCUUCCAGGAGCAGCUGGGCCGCCAGAAGUACUUGGUGGUGGGAGCCGGUGCCAUCGGCUGCGAGCUGCUGAAAAACUUUGCCGUGAUGGGGCUGGCAGCGGGGCCAGGCGGGGACCUCACCGUCACCGACAUGGACACCGUCGCCCUCUCCAACCUCCAUAGGCAGCUCCUCUACCGCUCGGCGGAUAUAUCGAAGCCGAAGUCGGUGGUGGCCGCGGCGGCCGUGCGGCGCAUGAACCCCAGCGUCAGGGUGACGGCUCACCAGAACCAGGUGGGACCUGCCACCGAGCCACUCUACGAGGACGACUUCUUCCGGCACCUGGACGGUGUCGUCGGCGCCCUGGACACGCUGGAGGCCCGUGCCUACUUGGAGAGCCGCUGCCAGCGCUGCCUCACGCCGUUGCUGGACUCAGGCACGGAGGGGCCGCGGGGGAACGUGCUGGCCAUGGUGCCCCCCCUGACCAAGCCGCUGGGGCCGGCCGGCGCCCCUGGGGACGGCACCUUCCCCCUCUGCACCCUGCGGUACUUCCCGCGCACCAUCCAGCACACGCUGCAGUGGGCCCGUGACGAGUUUGAGGGGCUCUUCCAGCUGCCCGCGGAGCACGUCAACCGGUUCAUGGAAGACCCGGCUUUCCCAGAGCAGCUGCCGGCGGGGAAGGCCCUGGAGGUCCUGGAGCAAGUGCAGGGCAGCCUGUGGGAGCGGCCACGGGACUGGCAGGACUGCGUGCGCUGGGCCCGCCGGCACUGGCAGAGCCGCUACCACGAUGCUAUCGCCCAGCUGCUGCACACCUUCCCCCCGGAGCACGAAACCAGCCCGGGUGUCCCCUUCUGGGCAGGGGACAGGAGCUGUCCCCAUCCGCUGACGUUCAACCCCGACAACGACGCCCACCUGGAGUACAUCCUGGCCGCUGCCCACCUCUUUGCCCAAGCGCACAAGGUGCCACCGUGCAGCGACCGGGCGGCCGCCCAGACCAUCCUCCGCAGCGUGGUCCUGCCGCCCUUCGCGCCCCAGGAGGGGCUCCAGAUCUCCCUCGCGGAGGAGCAGGAGGAGGCACAGGCGCCUGCGGACUGCGGGCGGCUGGCAGAGCUCACCCAGGACCUGGUGCAGCGGAGAGAGGAGCUGGUAGGGGGUGAGGAGGCGCAAGUGCCCCUGAUGGAGCCCAUCCACUUCGAGAAGGACAACAACAUCCACGUGGACUUCAUCACGGCAGCGUCCAACCUGCGCGCGGAGAACUACGGCAUCCCCCCCGCCGACUGGCUGACGAGCAAGCGGAUCGCCGGGCGGAUCGUGCCCGCCAUCAUCACCACCACGGCGGCCGUGGCCGGGCUGGCGUGCCUGGAGGUCUACAAGCUGGUGUGGGGGUGCCGGGACCUCAGCUGCUACCGCAACAGCAACCUCUGCCUGUCCGACUGCCUGCUGCUCCGCGUCCAGCCCCUGCCACCCCCCACCUACCGGUACGGCGGGCGGGAAUGGAGCUGCUGGGACCGGCUGGAGAUGCGGGCAGUCGGCGCAGACGGGCAGGAGAUGACGGUACAGGAUGUGCUGGACUGGCUGCAGAGGACGCACGGCUGGACCGUGACCAUGCUCCUGCGCGGCCACACUCUGCUCUACGACAGGGAGGAGGAUGAAGAGACACGGGCCCGGCAGCGGGUACAGAGGUUAUCGGAGAACCUGGAGGCUGCCGGGGAGCCUCGGCAGCGGGAGCUGGAGCUGCUGUAUGUGUGUGAGGGAGAGGAUGCUGAAGCCGAAGAUAAUCGUCCCCCUCUUCUCUGCUCCUUACCCUGAGUGAGGGGCUGGCACCCCCCCACCCCAUGCAAUAAAAGCUGCAGAAUGCA